AUGGCUUGGGCUCUUGUAUCUGCUAUCAAGGACCAGCUUAGUUCUUUCAUUGCUUCAGAGUUCUUGUCAAUUGCAAAUUUCAAGGGAGAAGUCCAGAAGCUUGAAAGCAAAUUCCACACCAUCCAGGCAAUGCUCAACGAUGCAGAGAAACGGCAAGUGAAGGAGGAGGCUGUGAAGCUUUGGUUAGAUAAGCUCAAAGACGUAUCCUACCAGAUGGACGACGUGUUGGAUGAGUGGAACACUGCCAUGAUCAAAGCAGAGAUUGAGAAACAACAAAAAGAUGAUGCAGAAAAAGCUGAAACUAGCAGUGCUGCUAAGAAAAGGAAGGUAUGGCCCCUCAUCUCAGUUCCUACUCUUUUGCAGCAUCGUGAUAUUGCUCAUAAGAUAAAAGAACUUAAUGAAAAAUUAGAUGAGAUUGACAGAGAGGGAGAGGUGUACACGUUUGCAUUGACUAGGGGCAAUGAAGAAGUUGAGAGACCAAGAACAACUUCCUUUGUUGAUGUGUCUGAAAUUCUUGGUCGUGAUAAAGUUAGGGAUGAUCUAGUGAGCAUCCUAUUGGGCAAGGGUAGUGAAGAAGUAAGAAACCCCCAUGUCAUCUCUUUAGUGGGCAUGGGUGGUAUUGGAAAAACAACUCUUGCCCAACUAGCCUAUAAUGAUGAUGAGGUGAAGGCACAUUUUGAGAUAAAAGUGUGGGUUUGUGUUUCUGACCCUUUCAAUCAAGGCAAGGUUGCCAAGGAAAUUUUUGAAUCUAUUAAAUUUCAAUCCCCCAACAUGACUACUUUGCACAUUGAAACAAAAAUCUUUGAAUCUAUUGAAUCUCAAUCCCCCAACAUGACUGCAUUGCAAACUCUAUUGGAAGCAAUUUGUAAACAAGUUGAGGGAAAGAAGUUCUUUCUUGUCUUAGAUGAUGUGUGGACUGAAGGCUCCACAAUGUGGGAGCCAUUUAGACUUGCACUCAAAUAUGCUGCCCAAGGCAGUAGAAUUCUAGUCACCACACGUAAAAGUAGAGUCGCGGAGAUGAUGGGAAGUGUGAGCAUAAUUAAUUUGGAGGUAUUGUCUAAAGAAGAUUGUUGCUUGGUGUUUAGUAAAAUAGCAUUUUUUGAUAGGGAUCCUAAGCAACGUGAGCAACUAGAAGACCUCGGCACGCAAAUAGUAGAAAAAUGCAAAGGUUUGCCACUUGCCGCUAAGACUCUAGGGAGUCUCAUGCAGUUCAAGAGAAGUAGAGAAGAAUGGAAGAGUAUUUUGGAUAACAAUUUUUGGGAAUUUGAAGAUGUGGAAAGAAGUCUUUAUGCACCGUUAUUAUUGAGUUAUUAUGAUUUAUCCUCACCAUUGAGACGGUGCUUCUCAUUUUGUGCUGUUUUUCCCAAAGAUUAUGUCUUUUCUAGCGAUGAAUUGGUAUUUAUGUGGAUGUCACAAGGAUAUAUCAAGCCGAAGGCAAAUAUGGAGAUAGAAAUCAUUGCUAGAGAGUACUUUGAAAAUUUAGCUAUACGAUCUUUCUUCCAAGAUUUUGAGAAAGAUGAAGAUGAUGACCAAAUAAUAAGGGAUCCAAAUAUAAAUUUUCCAAGAGGGUUUGGGAGAUUGACUUCUCUUAGAACAUUAAAGUAUUUCCACAUAAAUGGUGAGGAUGAUAGAUGUAAAUUGGGAGAAUUAAGAAAUUUGAACCACCUUAAAGGGACUCUUCAAAUAAAUGGGUUGGAGAACGUGGUAGAUCAAUGUGAGGCCACAAAUGCACAACUGAAGAAGAAGAUAAAUCUUCGUACUUUGAAGCUAUUGUUUCACCCAAACAAAUGGGAUUUUGAGGAAAUAACAAGGGGGAUGGAUGCAUUAGUUCUGAAUGCCUUAGAGCCACCUCCUAACUUGGAAGAUUUAAGCAUUCGUUACUACAAGGGACCGACAAUGUCUCCUUGGAUGAGUGGGAAGAAUGGAAUGGGAUUGGAGGAGAAGAAGAAGAAGAAGAAGACUGUACCAGAAGAUUUGCUAUAA